UGCUAGAUUUUUCCAGAAUGACGCGGUCUGUUGGAUGUGGACUUGAUUCCCAGUGAGAAAAAACGACGGUAAGGAGUUAAAGUCAGCGAGAGGGGCGGAUGAUAGUUUUCGAGCUAACAGGAGAAGGCUAACGGGAAAGCUAACGCUUUUUGAUCAUGAAUAAACAACAAAGCAAAGAGAGUCUUAAGGACAAGGUGAGGGGGAUCUUUGGACUGGGGACACCACGGCCGCCAAGCAAGCACAGUGAGACCAAAGUGUCGGAGUUUAUCAUAACAGCUGACGUCAUCAAGGAGCUCCACCCAGACUAUGGACUGAGCAACCGCGUUCGGAUGAUGAACCAUGUCUGUGAUCUCGCCAAAACAAAGAAGUUUGAGGAGCAUGCAGUGGAGGCAGUAUGGAAGGCUGUGGAGGACAUGCUGAGUCCAGAUCAGCCACCUGAGGCCAGACAUGCGGUUCUGCAGCUGCUGAGAGCCAUAAUCCAGGGCCAGGGCGAGCGGCUCGGCCCUCUCAGAGCCUACUUCUUCAACGUGAUCAGAGAUUACCAGCCCUCCACUGAGGACCUUUGUGGUCGGCUCGAAGUCUUCAAGGCCUUAACAGAGAAUGGCAAGGACAUCACAUACCUGGAGGAGGACAUCGCAUGCUUCGUUCUCCUGUGGAUGGACAUAGGCCUCACCUCCGAUUUUCUCCAUGUUCUUGUAAAUCUGGUGAAGUUCAACAGUUGCUAUCUGGAUCAGAAUGUUUCCAUCAUGGUCCAGAAGAUCUGCUACCUGUGCAACCGAACGACGGCGUCUGCAGACAUCGAAGUCGCACUACAAGUGCUGGAUGCAGUCGUGUGCUAUAAUUGCCUCCCGUCAGAUUCUUUGACCAUCUUCAUCAUCACUCUGUGCCGGACUGUGAACGUGAAAGAGUUCUGUGAGUCAUGUUGGAAGUUGAUGAGGAAGGUCUUGGGCACUCACCUGGGCCACAGUGCCAUUUACACCAUGUGCCGUAUCAUGGAGGAGAGGGUUUACAUGGAGGAUGCACCGUUGUUGAGAGGUGCUGUGUUCUUUGUUGGAAUGGCAUUAUGGGGUGCACACAGACUCCCCGCCCUCAAAAACACGCCCACGCUCGUUCUGCCGUCGUUCUGCAAGGCCAUGUCGUGUCCUAAUGAAGUGGUGUCCCAUGAAAUCGUCCUGUCCAUCACCAGACUGAUUAAGAAGUACGGCAAGGAGCUGCAGGUGGUCACCUGGGAUAUUCUUCUGGCCAUCAUCGAGCGUCUCCUGCAGCAGGUACAAAUGAUGGGCAGUGCAGAGAUGAAGGCGAUUGUCCACGAGCUGUUGACCACGGUGGAAGAGUUGUAUGAGCAGAAUGGUUAUCACGGCUCCACAGAGAAGUUCUUCAGUCUGGUGGAGAAAUGUGCCGACAAGAGACUGAACGCAUCAGUUCUGACCCUCAUCUCGUACCGGGCACAGUCUAUCCAGCCAGCCAGAGACGGCUGGAUUCAGAGCCUCCUUCGCCUGAUGGAGAAGUUUUUCAGGAACGAGACUCGUAGCGUGAUCAGGAUCAAAGUACUUCAUAUCCUGUCCUUUGUCCUCAGCACCAACCGACAGCUGUACGAGGAUGAGCUCAUAGAAAUGGUGGUGAUCCCUCAGCUCAGUGUGAUAGCCGAAGAUCGGGACCCGGCGGUCAGAAAGCAGGCCACGCAGCUGUUAGUGGACCUCGCAGAAGGCUGCAACACACAUCACUUCAACAGUCUGCUGGACAUCAUCGAGCGGGUGGCCAGUCGCUCUCUGGAGGUGUCUGACAGAGAGGCCACGGCAGAGACGUCUGUGGAGGAUAUCAGGACUGCUGUUUUGGGUCUGUUGGAAAUCCUGCAGAGUAAGCUUUACAGUCUUCCAGCGACUCACGCCAGUCGUGUUUACGAGCUGCUCGUCAGCCACCUCCAGCUUCACUACAAGAACAAAUACUCGUCUGCUGCAGCCUCCAGUAUCAGACUGCAGGUCUUUGACUUCUUCCUGAUGAUGCGAGCAGACUCUCUCCACCGUCUCGGGGUCCCCAACAAAGACGGGGUCCUGAGGUUCAGCCCAUAUUGUCACUGUGAUGCAGGGGAGCCAGAGAAAAGAGUCUGUGAAAAGAAGUCAGCAGGCUCAACAUCGCCUCCUGCUGGCAGCCCCGCUGCUCCUCCUGCCUCCGCGGGCCUGAUUCGGUCGGCCUGCCUGCCCUACACGCUGGCGUUCAGCGUGCUGCUGCAGUGCCUGAAGCUAGAAACAGACUGGAAGGUUCUGAAGCUGGUCCUCGAUAAACUGCCGUGGAUGCUCCAGUAUAAAGUGCUGCUACUGACCUCAUCGUGCAGUUUGGACCAGCUGUGUUCUGUUCUCUGCUGCAUGGUGACAGAUCGUCUUGUACCGGAGCGUUUAAGGAAAGCCCCCGAUGGUUUUUCACGCACUGAUGUCCAGCUGGCGGUGGUUCCCGUCCUCACAGCUAUCACCUCCUACCACAGCGACCUGGAUCAGUCGAGACAGCGUGAACUUGUUCAGUGCCUGGAGACGGGCCUCAUUUGUCGCUGUGCUAAACAAUGUGUGGUCGCCUUGACGAUGUGCACCGUGGAGAUGCCCGACAUCAUGAUCAAGCUCCUUCCUGCUCUUAUCGUCAAGCUCACUCACAUCUCGGCCACUGUUGCUAUGGCGUCCCCUAUGCUUGAGUUCCUGUCCACUCUGGUGCGUCUCCCUCAUCUCUACGCAAACUUUGUAGCUGAGCAGUAUGUCAGCGUGUUCGCCAUCUCACUGCCGUACACCAACCCCUCAAAGUUCAACCAGUACAUCGUGUCCCUCGCCCACCAUGUGAUUGCCAUGUGGUUCAUCCGCUGUCGGCUGCCCUUCCGUAAAGACUUUGUUCAGUACAUCACGAAGGGUUUACGGUCCAACGCCCUGCUUCCGUUUGAUGAUGGACACGAGCAGAGUUCGUUUCGGGCUCGGAGCACCAGCCUGAACGAAAGGCCCAGGAGUCUGCGGGCAACCAAAGUGUCGAAGGCAGCAGCAGCGGUGGCCAAUAGCAGCAGCUCUCCAGUUAAAGAGCUGAGGGACCUGUCGGCCAUGGACGCGUUCCGCUCCCGCAGCAUCAGUGUCUCCGAGCACGCUGUCCGCAGGAUACAAACCUCAACCACCACCUGCAGUCUGGGUUCAGCUGAUGAAAACGCUGUGACUCAGGCAGACGAGGGUCUGAAGACCGUCCACCUGGAGCUGACCGAGACCUGCCUCGACAUGAUGGCCCGAUAUGUUUUUUCCAACUUCUCCGCUCUGCCUAAACGGUCUCCUAUCGCAGACUUCCUGUUGGCUGGGGGUCGCAGUAUGACGUGGCUGGUGGGCAAUAAGCUGGUGACUAUAACAACCAGCGGAGGGGUCCGAACACAAGCCCUGCUGAGUCUGGAUGUAGCUGAACGCCUGGGAGGAGGCGGUGAAAUGACCAGGUCCGAUCCUUCGCUUCACAUCCGGAUCACCAAAGAGGCUCCUGCCAAACUGGAGUCACAGUCCAGCCAGCAGCUGAGCCGAGCCACACGGAUUCGAGUCAGAUCAAUGUCGGGUGGUGACGCUCUGCGUGCUGGACCAACUCAGAGUCUCAGUCCCCUGGUGUCCCCCUCUGAGGGGGAGUUAACAGCUCCACUCUCCCCUUCUUCUGGCCCCACCCUGGAUGGCCUGGGUUCCUCUUCCCCUUCUGUGGCUUCAUCCUCUGUUGUGCCUCCUCUCAAAGACAACCCCAGUCUGGCUGAGUUUGUGCCGAUGCUCACGCAGGGCUGGGCCGAGAUCUUCAUACGAAGACCAUCUGGUAACACAAGCUGGCUUAUGUGUCUGGAGAACCCGCCCAGUCCGUUCUCCUCAGAACUUGGCAACAUGCCCCUGCAGGAGCUCUCUACUGUCCUCAUGGCAAUGGAAGGUGUGAAGGAGCCGCCUGCUCAGACCGCCAGCGCACCUGCCAGCACUGCCGCUCCUACACCACCGCCUAUCAAUGAGCCCCUCCCACAACAACUGCACAGCAGUGCUGGAGCGAAGCCAAACCUGAUCCACCACCUCAACACCAGCUCUGUGGGCUCUGUGGUCAUGCUGGAGGAGGGGUCAAGGGUCACCUUGACCCCCUCCCCAUCUGACUGGCUGGAGGGUGCAGGAUUUGAGCCGGUGACCUCGGAUACGAUCUUUGUGUCCGAUGAGAAGUUCACAAAGACCUCAGUUUGUGGAACCCUGAGCAGAUCUUCGUCCACUUCAAGUCAAUAUGAUGAAAAGUCCACUCUAGAGGAAGUGAGUGAGGGAGCCAUUCCAAUUGAUCAACCUACUCUGGGACCCUCCACCCCCAUGAGCCAGGAGGUGGAGCUUUCUUUUCAGGCCUAUUGUCAGUCUCAGGGUCCUGGACUUAAUAAGUCCAGCUCCUCUCCUGAGCUCCAGACCCUACCUGAAGCCUACUACAAGGCUGCUAUGGAAUCAGAGAGAGGACUGGAAGACACACCGCGGCCAAGGGCACCUUCAGAAGGCAAAGGUCCACCCCAGCUGCUUUAUUUUGAGAAGGAGAAGGUGGAAGGAUGCCUGGUAGGGGACACGGAUGACAUGGGAGGUCAGGUACAUGUGGGUGAAAGUUCGGGUGGAGGAGCAUGGAUGAGGCUGGAGUUCCCACCAGCAGCUCCACAGGCCACACCAAUAUCCCCCAGUGGAGGUCACCGACCUCGCGGUCACACCAUCUCUGUCUCAGCUCCAUCCUCCAGGAGAGAAAGGAGGACUGAGAGGGACACCUACCACAGUCGGCCUGGACCGAGUGCUGAGAAGAUCUCUGGUCUGAGUCCUAGCUUUGUCUUCCUCCAGCUCUACCACUCCCCUUUCUUUGGAAAUGAAGCCAACAAGCCGCUGCUCCUACCCAAAACUCAGGUGAUUGAUCGUGCCCUCAAGGUUCUGGACCAGAUGCCACCUUAUGACACACAUAAGAUUGGUGUGGUGUUUGUUGGCGCUGGCCAGGUUAACAACGAGGUUUCCAUCCUGUCCAACGAAUACGGAUCAAACCGCUACGCCACCUUCCUAACAGGCCUGGGCAAGUUGAUCCACCUCAAAGACUGUGACCCGGACCAGAUCUUCCUUGGUGGACUUGACCAAUACGGAGAUGAUGGCGAGUUCACUUACUGUUGGCAUGAUGACAUCAUGCAGGCCAUCUUCCACAUCGCCACACUGAUGCCAAACAGGGAAAGCGACAAAGGCUGUUGCAACAAGAAGCGACACAUCGGCAAUGACUUUGUGGUUGUGGUCUACAAUGACUCUGCAGAAGACUACAAGCUGGGCACCAUCAAGGGUCAGUUUAACUUUGUGGAGGUGAUCAUCAGACCUCUGGACUACGACUGUAACCUUGUCACGCUCCAGUGUCGCAAAGAUCUGGAGGGGCUCGUGGACACUACAGUAGCAAAAAUCAUUUCAGACCGCAACCUUCCGUUUUUGGUCAGGCAGAUGGCGCUGCAUGCUAAUAUGGCCUCUUUGGUGCAUCAGUACCGAGCCAACCCAUCGGACGCGUACGCCUCUAAGUGGCUGGCAAGGUUACGGCACAUUAAGAGGAUCCGGACCAAGGCCCAGGAGGACCUGCAGUCCCGCCUGACAGCGAGUGUCUCUCUGCCACAAGGACACGGUCAAAACAAGUCCCUUCAGCAAAGUAAUCUAGCGCAGAAUCCUGAGUCCUCGGGACAGAGGAAAAGACUGAUGUCCACCGUGGACGACUUCACUGACUUUGUUUGAUUGAAGUCUUUCUUGAAAGUUUUACGUGAGAUGUGUUUUCGUGGAAUAAAAAUGGCACAAA